CACACUCUGGAAUAAAAUCAAAAGACAACAGCGGGAGAUCCUCCAGUGGGAGAGAUCACUGAGACUGAGGUAAUGAAGAAUGUUGUACCAGGACUGAAAAUGACGGAGGUAAAGUCUGCCGCGCUCAUCAUCAUCUGUGUCACACUUCUUCUUCACGGAUGUGUAGCAGCUUUGAACUGCAGCAGCCCAACUCCGGAGUCCUUAUUUGAGGAGCUUGAGAAGAAUCUGUUCAGUAAAAAAAAUAUUCGUCCUGUGAAGAACUUUUCAGACUCAGUCGACGUAAAUAUUUCGAUCACUGUGCAGGCAGUUUUAGGAGUGGAUGACAAAGCCCAAACCCUGUCUGCAGUUUUAUGGGUGGUCCUGAUUUGGCAUAUAGAGGGACUGAGCUGGGACGAGAAGGAAUGUGGAGCCAGUCACGUUACUGUCCCACGUGAGAAGCUAUGGCUUCCUGACAUUAACAUCGCAGAGAGCGUGGGCAAGGUCGAGCUACCACCGACUCCCUUUGUAAUCUUGCACAACUCAGGUCGUGUUUACGAUGAUAAACCAAUGGCAGUGGUCACAUCCUGUAACUUACAAAUCUACACUUUCCCCUUUGACGUCCAAAUCUGCUCACUGACAUUUGGAUCAUAUCUACACUUUGAUACAGACAUAAGGAUGAUACAACACUCCACGGCUAGUGACAUCCUGUCAGAAUCCAUAAAUGUGUCGAAGAGGAACGGGGAAUGGGAGCUCAAACACAUUUCUGUGGAAGAGCAUACGCUGGAAUUAGAUGUGGGAAACUACUCUGAGAUGAAAUACUUUAUAUAUCUACAUCGCAGACCGAAGCUGUACGUGGUGAACCUCGUGAUCCCCAGCUGCUUCCUGGUUACUCUGGACCUCUUCAGCUUCCUGCUGCCUCCAGCUUCCGUGGACAGAUCGGCCUUCAAAAUGACCCUGAUUUUGGGGUACACGGUCUUCCUGCUUCUCAUGAACGAACUGCUGCCUGUCACCGGAGACGCAACGCCUCUGAUUAAUGUGUUCUUCUCCAUCAGCCUGGCUCUGAUGGUCGCCAGCCUGCUGGAGACCGUCUUCAUCACCAACAUCGGCCACAGCUCCAGCCAGUACGACGCAGUGCCCACCUGGCUCAGCAUCCUGGUGCUGCGCUACCUAGCUGUCCUCGUCGGUCUCCCUCCCAAAAAGAAGAGCGACAGAGUCACCGUCAUCCUCAACCCAAAUUUUAAAGAAACAGCCAGUACCAACGGCUCCAUACACAUCUCAGGAAGUCCUAGCCAGAGUAUCUCGGCCGACACUCCUCCAGCGGAGGCCCCUCUUGAGCCGGCCAUGAAAGAGCUGCUGAGGCUGGGCAGAGACCUGGCUGCCAUUCGCCUUCAGAUCGACCGAUACUUCCAGGAAUCCAAGACCUCGCAGGACUGGCAAAUGGUCGGGGUCGUGAUCGACCGUCUGCUGUUCGGCUUGUACAUCGUCUUCAUCACUACGAGCUUUAUCACAGUCAUUUGCAUUUGGGUCUUGAAUAACAAAGCGGUGGUGUGAGCUGUGGGACAAAUGAACACCAGCCGGCAGCCUGUGUGCUCAGGAAUGUUGGGGGAAAUACACCGACUGGUUUCGCGGCCUGGGACAAUUUGGUGCAUGCAUGUGCCGGUUACUGAGGUCGUGUGAGGCCGUAAGGUUCGGAAUAGAAAUUCUUCAGAGCGGUCUGGGCCACAUCACACAGAUCACCCAACUUGUUUAUGUUGAUCCACCCAGAAACUGAAACUGGCCCAUUUGAUUUUAACAAAUCCUUUUUUUAUUCUUUUACCAUUAGAAAUGAUUUCUGAUUGAACUAAAUUAUUAGAGACUGUUGAGUGACCAGAGUUAAUGUGAUACUAUCAAUAA